UGAGAGGUUUUUAAUUUCAAAAUGGCUAGAUAUAGCAAAAUGGCUAGAUAUAGCUCAACAGCUUACAGUUUGUUCUUCGUGUCAGUUGUUUUCGCAACUGCAAUGGCGGGUCAAUGCCAUAUUGCUUUGCUGAACCGUUGCAAAGCAGUUUACCAAGAUGCUCUAGAUGCUACUUCCAUAGGCGAAGAGGGCCACUGCUUCAGGAUGCAGAAAUUGGCCACAUGUGUUGCCAGUGAACCCAAAUGUGGAGGUGAACUGAUUGAAAAGUUGCGUUACUGGGUGUUACAAAUUGCAAUGAUGGAUAGCAUCUUAGGAACCUGCACGGACAUUGAUUACAGUACACUGAAGAGUGUUGUACAAGAUUCAGAUGUUGCAAAAACUCAUCGUAACCUGGACGAUAUUGAGUUCGACAGUUUUGAAGAGUGUGCCGUGACAGUGCACAAGAAGUGCAUACGCUACUAUGUAACUUUGCUGGCAAAGGAUCAUCAGAUAUGCAAAGAUAUGGGGAAACACAGCACGUGUUAUGACUCAUACAGCAAAAGCAUCAAUUGCAAAGCUAAGAUUAUCCAGCAUUUUGCGAGCAUGGUUGAAACCGUAGCGCAGCGAGUUCUCGACUUAUUGACCACAUAUAUGAAGUCUUUAUGUACUAGCUCGGAUGAAUUGUAAGUGAAAAUGCUUUCAGGGACGUUUGUGAUGUUUCUGCUGCGAAAAAUGUGUAUCAAAUAAAAGAGUUUAGAAUUAUUCAAGGAAAGAAAGGAAAUUGCGAUAAAGUGCAUUGUAACAUAUAUACUCCUACACCAAUUAAAAAUACGGGUAACUACGCGGUCUUCAAUGUCGUAUCAUUUUAAAAAUAAACAGUGACUUCAAUUUGGUAAGGAAAUAUUUCGCUCUCGACAAGCUGAUGCACAAUUUUGUAUUUCUGCGUUCGUCCUAAGGAGAACGCUUCCUAAUUUGUGGAGGUUCCUGUGACUUCUUCGGUGUCCCGUGUAACCUAGGCGAAAAGAAGUAAUGCUCAUGUGCUAUAGUGCACCUCGUGAGUGACGUACUUUUCAAGUUGCGUGACUCAUUCCUCGGGUACGGUACUUUGUUUAUGUUAAUUCGCAUUGUGUACGUGUGCAGCUGCUUGGUCUGAGUGUUGUUUCGCCGUUCCAUAGGUGAGUGAGUGUGAGUGAGUGUGAGUGUGAGUGAGAACUUUAUUAAAGUGUCAAAAAACCUUAUAGCCUGGGAAUAAAAACACCAUACUAAUUAGGGGACAUUGCUAAAAAACUAUACUAAUACUAAUAUUAAUACAAUAAAAAAAAUAAAUGACUUGAAGGGCAUUAUGUGCAGCAUAGGAUGCAGCCCUUACAGCCGAGUGUUGCUGCGUCGCUCCAUUUUCUUGUUAAGUGACUUAUUUUUCACAGAUGCUGUUUCUGGCUUCCAUAGAAUGCACUAAACGGGGUUUAGUCUCUCAGAAUCUGCUACUUUGUUGAAUAGCUGGCGGCAAUAUUUAAGCGAAUCUCGUGGCGAACAACAACAACAACAACAAAAACAAUUUGCACGAAGUGAGCCUUCCUCGUUGGCUAUUAAGCCAAAAAUGUCUGACCUUUUGGGACAGCUGCUGAGUGCUGUAAUCUACGUAGUCUGAGUACUUAAAUAAAUAAACACAGUUUGUUUCUGUUGUUGCUGUUACCGUCGAUCCAUUUCAUUCUUGGAACAACCUUGCUCUGCACGACACUCGUAAUACAAGGUUAGUCGAUUAGGUUAAACAUCAGUAUGCAUCUCCCUUUCCUUCGGCAGCAUUAACU